AUGUUCUGCUUUACUCCGACAACGUCGCAAUACGCACUACUACCUAAUCCGAGUGAGCUCAUGGAAGACAACUUGAAAGCAGGAAGUGUGCAGAGGCUGCAUGACCCAAAGGAUGUUUAUGUAGGAACAAGGUAUGCGCUGGGGUUCAAGAACCUUGAAACACUUGUGACUUAUCACAAACAGAUUCUCACCAUCAUCAUCAUCAUCGACAGCAUGACAUCAGUGUUCAACACCAACGCUUCACUGCCGUACAAACAUGACUUAUUUGAAAGCCUAUUGUCAAGAAAAGAAUAA